AUGGAGUCAGACGAUUUAGGUAGGUUAAUCCUCCUUGGAAUCUGCCUUGGUUUGUCCGCCUUUUUCUCAUCUUCAGAGACCGCUUUCAUUGCAUUGCCCAGGGCCCGCUUGCUUCACCUAUUAAGCAUCGGGCGCCACAACGCCAAGCUGGUGGAACGCCUCAUUGCCAGACCUGAGCGGCUUCUAGCCACAGUCUUGCUAAGCAAUAAUAUGGUCAACACGGCCGCCGCUGCCCUUGGCACCGCCGUUGCCCUCAAUAUGAUCGAAAACGAUGGUUUGGCGGUAUUGGUGGCUACGGCGGGCGUUACUUUGCUCCUUUUGAUUUUCAGUGAAACUCUUCCCAAGACAGUAGCCUGGAACCGUUCUGAGGCCUUGGCAUUCGCCUACGCGCGGCCCCUUUCCAUAGUCCAGUACGUUUUGUAUCCCGGCGUCAGGGUUCUCCAGACCAUCACGAACCUCUUUACCAGGGUCCUGGGAAUUACCAACUCCAACGAUCGAAUAAGCGAGGGUGAAAUAAGAUCUUUGAUCGAAGCCGGCGCUCAGACCGGUGCCGUUGAACGGACGGAAGCCGAAUUGCUGGACAAAGUAUUCCGGUUCGGAGACCAAAAGGUGCAGGAAAUAAUGACCCCUCGGACGGAAAUCGUCUGGGUCGAGCAGGGAACCACGCUAAAGCGUUUCCUGGCUCUCUAUGCUGAACACACCCACACCCGGUUUCCGGUUUUUGACGGCGACAUAGAGAACGUGGUGGGCGUCCUGUCAAACAAGGAUGUGUUGCUGGCCUUGGGUAAGGGUGAAGUGGAACUUGAAGACAGCGUGACCGGCCUGUUGAGAGAAGCUCAUUUCGUUCCGGAAACGAAGAGCGUUUCUGACACCUUUUCGGAAAUGCAGCAAGCCGGGUACGGCCUGGUUUUGACCGUCGACGAAUUCGGGGGGAUUGCCGGACUCGUCACUCUAAAGCAAAUGCUUGAGGUCAUUGUUGGCCAAGUGGACGAAGAGCGAGACGAUGUUGAUGACGAAGUUACGCAGGUGGACGAGAAUACUUACCGGAUAAAUGCAGGCAUCACCAUUAUCCAAGCCAACGAGAGGCUUCGCCUGGAUCUUCCCGAAGGAGAAUACCAGACAUUGGCUGGCUUUAUCCUCGACCGUCUCGGCUAUAUUCCGGAAGCUGGAGAGAUAGUCGAAUACAGAAAUCUUAAGCUAACCGUGCGCUCCAUGAGUGGAGUAGCGGAGGAAAUGGCCAAGAUGCUGGCGAUACCUGUUGAAACCAGGGAAGGGCUGAAGGAACUGGCCCUGGGCGAACUGGAAGGUGUGAAAGGUGAGGAGAUGCGGGCGGGUUGGCCUGAAGUCUUUGAAACCUGGAACUCCCGCCCUGAGCUUACCGUAAUGCCUGGAGGGGAGUCCCUACAGACCCUGGAAGAAAGGGCCUGGCAGGUUAUCCUGGAACUGGAACAAACCCACAGCCCCGGUGAAGGCCUGGCGAUAGUCUCGCAUAACUUCACAAUCAGGGCCAUUUGCGGGAAGCUGCUCGGUAUCCCCUUGGCUAACUUUCACCGGUUGCACCUUGCGCUUAGCUCUGUAAGCGUUUUUGAGAGCGCCCCAAGGGGUAGGCGCCUUCUAUCCUACAAUUCUACCGGCCACUUACACACUGUUGCUCCUUCGGUAUCCGCUUAG